AUGGCCGGAGAAGAACAUCUCCUGUCAACAGAGAUUGUCAACCGGGGGAUCCAGUCGUCGGGACCCAAUGCUGGAUCCCCGACAUUCUCCGUCAGGGUCAGACGACGCCUGCCGGAGUUUGUCCAGUCUGUGAACCUCAAGUACGUGAAAUUGGGAUACCAUUAUCUCAUCAACCAUGGGAUUUAUCUCGCCACCGUGCCGGUGCUGGUGCUUGUGUUCGGUGCCGAGGUCGGAAGUCUCAGCCGGGAAGAGCUGUGGAGGAGGCUCUGGGACAGCACUGCAGGCUAUGAUCUAGCCACAGUGCUUUCUUUCUUUGGGGUUUUCGUGUUCACCCUCUCUGUUUAUUUCAUGUCUCGUCCUCGCUCCAUAUACCUUCUUGAUUUUGCAUGUUACAAACCCCAUGAUGAUCUCAAGGCAAGAAAAUACUAUAACCAACGUCACAAAUGUGCAUGGCCACGUCCAUGGCAGGUAUCAAAGGAGCAAUUCAUUGAGUCGGCACGAAAAUCAGGAAAAUUCGACGAGGUAAGCCUAGAAUUCCAGAAAAGAAUUCUCCAGUCCUCCGGAAUUGGGGACGAAACCUACAUCCCCAAAGCCGUGAUGUCGCUGGAGAAUUGCUCCACCAUGAAAGAAGGCAGAGCAGAAGCUUCAAUGGUGAUGUUCGGAGCCCUAGAUGAGCUCUUUGAAAAGACCCGUCUCCGGCCAAAAGACGUCGGUAUUCUAGUAGUGAAUUGCAGCAUCUUCAACCCUACGCCGUCGCUAUCCGCCAUGAUCAUCAAUCACUACAAGAUGAGAGGAAACAUUCUCAGCUUCAAUCUCGGAGGAAUGGGAUGCAGUGCUGGGAUUAUAGCUUUGGAUUUGGCUCGUGACAUGCUUCAGGCCAACCCUAAUAACUAUGCGUUGGUGGUGAGCACUGAGAUGGUGGGUUACAACUGGUACCCUGGAAGUGAACGAUCCAUGCUUAUCCCUAAUUGCUUCUUCAGGAUGGGUUGCUCCGCCCUGCUCCUCUCCAACCGCCGCCGCCACUUCAGCCGUGCCAAGUAUAGGCUUGAACACAUCGUUCGUACCCAUAAAGGCGCUGAUGAUCGCUGCUUCAGGAGCAUCUAUCAAGAGGAAGAUUCUCAAAGGUUGAAGGGACUCAGGAUCAGCAAAGAGCUGGUGGAGAUAGGUGGCGAUGCACUCAAGACCAACAUCACCACACUUGGUCCCUUGGUUCUGCCCUUCUCGGAGCAGCUCAUCUUCUUUGCAACCCUAGUCUGGAGGCACUUGUUUAGCUCUAGAGGUGCCUCGCAGCGGCCCCCAGUGAAGCCAUACAUUCCGGACUACAAGCUCGCGUUUGAGCACUUCUGCGUGCACGCAGCAAGCAAGACGGUGCUGGACGAGCUGCAGAGAAACCUUGAGCUGAGCGACAAGAACUUGGAGGCGUCUCGGGCGACUCUGCAUCGGUUUGGCAACACUUCCAGCAGCAGCAUUUGGUACGAGUUGGCCUACAUGGAAGCCAAGGGGCAGGUCGGGAGAGGUGACCGUGUUUGGCAGCUAGCUUUCGGGUCUGGUUUCAAAUGCAACAGUGCAGUUUGGCGUUCAAUGCACCGUAUCAAGAGGCCCUCCAGGAAUCCCUGGCUUGAUUGUCUCCACAGGUAUCCCGAGGCCCUCUAAGCCAAAAACGGCAAUUCUAUCUAUCAUUCUCUUUUGAAUACACUCUGACAAGAGUUGCGUGUACUGUACUAUUUUUUUUUUUUAAGUUUGUAAUA